CAUGAGAGCCGGGCGAGCGGCGGGGCUGCUGCUGGUUGUACUACUGACGAUGCCUAGAGCCCGAGCAAACUGUGGGGAGACAGAGUACUUCCAUCAAGGUCUCUGCUGUGUGUUUUGUGAAGCAGGUACCUUUGUUGCUGACCACUGCAAUGCUUCGCAUUUGAAAGGAAAAUGUGACCCUUGCAAGGAAGGAGAAGGCUUUAUUGCCCAUCCCAAUGGCUUGGAGGAAUGCUUGCCUUGCAGACAGUGCAAAGAGGAUCAGAUAACUCUGAGACCCUGUACUCUGACACAGAAUGCUGAAUGCCAGUGCAAACAAGGGUAUUUCUGUGAUGAUGAGGGCUGUGAAAUGUGUCGGAGAAUCAGUCAGGAGCAUCCAGAUGGGAAAGAAAUCCUGCUGAAUUCCACUGAUACCAGAGAACUAGGCUUAACUAAUCCAGGGAAGGAAGCUCAUGUUUGGGUUAUUCUAGUGCUUCUGUUGGCUGUUUUGGGCUUGCUCAUACUUGUUGUUCUUGUUAAAAAGCUGAAGUGUGAUAAAGCUGCCUCAACUGUUAAAGAUGUAGAGGGACAACUGGUACAAGAACCAAGUCAGAUAAUUGUUAAAGAUCUCUCUCAAUGUGAACUGAGAGAGACCUGUGAUGUCUUUACAAAGGAAGUACCACCGCAACAGUGGAAGCAGCUUAUGAGACCUCUUCUACAGCAAAAUGAUAUUGAUAAAGUUAUUUCUAAAUUUCCUAAUAAUAGAGAAGAACAAUCCUAUCAGAUGCUUCUCAUCUGGAAAAAGAGACUGGGAAAGAAACAAUGUAUUAAUAAUUUACUGGAUGCAUUGAAGCACAUAGAUACCAAGGCUUAUUACAGUGUAUUAAACACUUUAAAAAGUAAUAACAUUAUAAGUAAAGUAGAAGCUGAAGAUUAAUGUUUAUGAGGAACUGCAAAAAUGUUCCUGUGUACAUAACUUUAUAAGUAAAGUAGAAGCUGAAGAUUAAUGUUUAUGAGGAACUGCAAAAAUGUUCCUGUGUCCAUAUGUCUGUCUUCAGACGUCCUUAAAUGAGGGUGUCAGGAACUGCUGGUAGAAAUGGAGUUAGCCUCCUCAGCUCAUGGAGACAGCCGGAAGGGAUGUAAUGCCUUUGUUGUUUUCAUGUUUACAUGACCUUCCUACCUCUGAGUCAUAAAAUAUUAAACACAGGUGCUGGAUGCCCACUUCGGAGCCAGAAGCUGGGACAUCCCUUAGUUUGUGGCAGUGCUGUCCUAACCGGGGGCGACGACCAGGAGUCCGCUCGCUGUUUUUGCGUACUGUGAUGCUUUAGUUUCCGAAACCAUUUUGUGUUGUAUCGGAGUGCUCAGCACUGCUAAGUUUGAAGCACAGCAAUA